CCUUCAGCAGCAGCAGCCGCUCCGCCAUGCGCUCCUCUCUCCUUCUCCUCGCCGUCGGCGCGUCAGCCGCACAAGCCGCGCUCGUGCCCGACCGUGUUGCGCAGGCGCUCAAGCCGCGUCAGACGCAGGACACUGCCUCGCCGCUGUAUCUCAACGAGCCGGCAUGCGACUUCUAUCAGUGUGCCGUGACGGUGCAGGCUGGAUCUUCUCUCACCGCCAACUGGCUCAACCCGCCAUCGGGCGAUGUGGCGCUGGACCUCAUGUCCGACGCCGGCUCCACGCUCGCACACCACAUCGCCACUGUGCCGGGCACGUCGCAGAACGGCUACUGCGACUCGGGCUACGGCAUCGGCGUCGUCGUCGACGGCAAGACGUGCGGACGCUUCUCGUUCAUCGUGCCGAGUGGAUGGGAGGGAAACUACACGAUGCGCGCAUCGUCUGUGGACAACGCAGCGAUCCAAUCCUACACCGACGUCAUUCUCAUCACGAGCAACAGCAGCACGCCUCAGAACGUCGCAUUCGCUACGUCUCCCAUCUCGGGCGCACCGACGUCCACCGUGUUCGGUCAGGGCAGCGGCGAGACGAACACGUACGCGCCGACGGCUGCGACUGCACCGGGAGCUGCGGCGCCGAGCUCGAGCGGAAGCGGAAGCGCUGCGCCGGCGUCGAGCUCGACGGCGGCGGGAAGCAGCAGCGGAGGUGCCUCGAGUCGCUCGUCGAGCGGCUCGGCGCCCAGCGCGACGCAGAGCGGCACAAACGCUGCAUCGGCAUUCAGCGCCUCGAGUGCCGGCGUCGCUGCUCUCGCUGUCUGCCUGGCUGUCGCUGCGCUGCUCUAAGGCGCUGCUCAGCGCAUUUCGCAGCCUCAAGGGCCUCGCGGCGCUACCAACUUGACACUGCUCCGCAUCGCGACCUCGCCUCCUCAUACACGUUCAUUGCCUCCCCUCCUCAUCUCGUCACCAGCAUCUUCACUUACCAUCUCGUCUCGCUAGUCCCACACAUCCACACCACACAACGGUCCCGUGCCCGCUGCCCCCGUUCACGGCAGACCAAUACACUCAUUGCGCGCACUGCUAGCGAGCAACGAGCGCUCUUUGCCGCGAGUGUAGCGCUCAUCGCUCUGCCAUUCCUCAGUGCCCGUAUCUCCUCUCCAGCUCACUCACCCCGCCGCCGCGCAAACUGAAAGAGAAGACCUCAAUGCCAUUCCUCUUCUC